AUGGGCUGCAGUGAAAUCAUGCGUAAUCUCGGUGACCUCGUAAUGAACAAUAAGCUGGUCACCUUCUUGAGUGUGGCCUUGUUCGCGUUCGUGAUCACUGUGAUAGCGCUAGCGGUGUCAAACAAUAAUAAUGCGAGUGAUUUGGACGAAUGCCGGGCAGAGUUGGCCAAAAUCCUAUCAUCGACGUCGGUUACACCAGCCACCACAACAACACCUACACCUACCGUGACAGUUUCAACAGAUGCUACAGAGCCUUCACCAGCUUAA